AUGCCGUGCGCUGAUUGUUACCGAGGACACGACCAUCCCGGCCCUGUUCACGGCCGUGAGACCAAACUUCAUGGCCAUGAUGUGUACGUUGCAGAGCCCCAGACCAAAGAGGUUUCCACAAAGGGACUGAUAGUCGUCCUUUCGGAUGCGUUUGGGUGGAACACGACCAACCUACGUGGUGUGGCAGACAGAUACGCAGAGCGAACUGGCUGCAGAGUAUACCUUCCCGAUUUCAUGCAUGGAACUGCUGCACCCGCAUCCAUCAAGGCCGUCAUCGAUAGUGUUCUUAAUGAAGGAGGCUUCUGGGGAUGGCUGGUAAAACCGUGGAACUUCUUGAAGGCGGCGUUCGUCAUGGUCCCCUUCAGUAUUCGCAACAAGCCCGAGAAGCGCUAUCCUGGUGUCCGCAAGUUCAUGGACGACCUACGUUGCGCCGAGGCAGCUGAUCUCAAAGUUGGCGUGGUGGGCUUCUGCUGGGGCGCAUAUGGUAUCACGCAUCUGGCCCACGGUGAGGUGGCUACGAAUGGCAAGACAAUCAUCGACGCAGCCUUCACCGCUCACCCGAGUGAAAUCAAGGUUCCGCAAGACAUCGAACCUGUUAAGCUACCCUACAGCAUGGUCAUUGGCGAUGUCGACUUUGCCUUGCCUUUGAAGGAGGUGCAGAGGGCAGCUGGGAUUCUCGAAGCAAAGAGUGAUGUAGACACUGAGGUUGUAAUUAUCCCUAAUGCAAAGCACGGCUUUGCUGUUAGAGGCAACCCAAAUGACAAGGAAGAGAAAGAAAUGGCUGAUCAAGCAGAAGAUCAAUUCGUUAGGUGGUUUACUAAAUACCUGACUUGA